AUGGUGAUCAUUGUAUCAAUUAUCUCUCAACAUAAAUAUGCUCAGAAGGCUAGGGAUCUAGGCAUUCCAGACAAGUUGUUGGAUAUCGUAGAGUUGUACGAUCGAUUUGUAGACCAGUUCCACCUAUUCAUUGGGAUGAGGUCCAGGGACUUGUCGGCCAUCCAAGUCGAUGAGUAUGCCAAAGAUCUCGAUAUUAUUCAAUCAACUAUGCACUCCAACUGCAGUCAGAUCUCGGAAAAUGUCAAUAAGUUGGUUGAUCAAGUCGAGGCCGUUGUCAAUGAGUUGGAGAAGACCGCUAGUUGCCUUGUAAAAAUUGGUUUUGGUGCUGGUGUCCCUGCAAUACUAGGAGGUACUGCGCUUGUUGUGACGGGAGCUGUUCUGGCUCCAUUCACUGCUGGUGUAGCACUCCUGGAGUUUGCAAUGGGUGUGACCAUGAUCACCACUGGCGUUGCCACAUUGGUCACUGGAUCCGCUGCCUUGGCCAUCCCCCUGGCACUCUCGUUCAAGGUUUGUCGCCUCAUCAGGGUCUUGAAGGAGAGUGUUAAUCAGUCUAUCAAGUAUCGUGAUAACCUGGCCCAGUUCAAGGCUGAGGUUGGACUUAAGAGACAGUUCUUGUUCGCUCUCAAGUCUGUGGUGCCCAUCUGCAACAUAUGUUACUGCGAGUUCUCCAAGGACAACAAACCAGUGUUUACAAAGGAGGGCUUGACCGUGAUACACUACUGCCUCAAUUGCAUCCAGGAGUGGGUAGACAAGGAGCAUACCAAUCCUUGGACCAGACGACCAAUGACCAUGGAUGACGUCCAUCAAUGCAGCGCAUCCGAACUCAAGAUCAUCGCAGACUACUACAUCAUCAAGAAGAAGAUCAAGGUGUCUGAGUUCUGGAAUUGA